AUGGCGAUGAUGCGGACCAGGACCAAAAGCCGAGGUAUGUGCCUCUGCCUUCUCGGGAUUGCAUUGGCGCUGCUCGUGCAGCCGAGCACGGACUUUGCUCGAGGAGUUCCUGGGCUGAAGGAGCAUGCAAAACGGCACCCGUUGCAUGCCGGAGUCGCUCGGCGCGCCGGGGCUGCGCAAGAGGACAACAGUGGCCAGGUGGUCGCAGAAGCCGACAGGGUGCUGGAGGACAACGGCACGGCGAAAGAGACCAAAGCCGUCUUGCGCCGCUGGACGCAGAAGAUAUAUCCAGGGAAGUGGACCCUUUCAGGGCUGAAAGACGAGUUGCAACAAAAACUGCGCGAGUUUGUGGAGGAGGCCAAAGCAGCCUCAAAGGGCUUGAAAGAGGACCUGCUCCUGGCGCGGCAGCAGCUGAAGCUUGCGCUCGCGCAGCAAGAAGCUGCCCAGGAGCAGGAAGUUAAAGCCGUCGCCAGAUUGGAGAAAUCAGGCACCAAGGAGGAGGUGGAGAAGGCGGAGAGGAAGGUGGAGAAGGCGGAAAGGAAGGUGGAGAAGGCGGAAAGGAAGGUGGAGAGGGCGAAGAAGGAGGUCAAGGAGGCAAAGGCAAGCGGCCGGACGAAGGAGUCCGAGGCAAGCGGGAUCAAGGACGACCCAGAUGCCACGGCGUUCAUCCAGGAGCUGGUCAACGCCAAGCCCAAGGACCUUGGCAAAGGCGCGCAGGUCUUCGACCUCAAGGAGUGCCUGCCCGCCAGGCCCUACGACCUGAGUGGGAGGAAGCUGCUGACGCGGAACACGACGCGCCAGGCCUGGAAGGCCACCUUCGAGCUGAUGAAGGACGGCGCGGAGCGUGUGGCCAUGCUGGGGAUCCCCGGCAUCGGCAAGAGCCGGUCCCUGGCGCUGGGCCUGUGGCACCUGGUGUCGGGCCAGGGCCGCCCGGAAUGGAUCGAGGAGCCCGAGGCCAUCGUCUUCGAGGCAUGGGAGGGCGGCUUCGUUUUCGUCUUCACCAAGGACAAGGACGGCCGUUGGAAGGCGCAGAGCCAGCCGAUUGAGGACUGGAAGCCGAGCAGAUGCGAGCACCUGCAGAACAGCAACAACUGGUACCUCGUGGACGCCUCGGACAAGCACCCCACGUAUAAGCUGCCUGCGAAGACGGUGAAGGCCUGCAGCCCCGACAGGGAACACUACUCCAACUUCAUCAAAGAUGGUGGACAAUGUCUCUAUGUGGAGGCAUGGCAAAAGGGGGAGCUGAAGGUGGCCUAUCCGUGUUUCGAGGAUGUGAAAGUGAGUGAGAGGAGUUUGCUUGAUAGAUUCGAGCAGGUUGGAGGCACCCUUCGCACCCUUUUGGCCAAAGAAGGCCCUUAUGAGGAUGCCGUGAAGCAGCAGAAGACCGACGCGAAGGACUUCGCAACAGUGCGACGCGCCUUGGGUGGAGAUUUGGACAGCAUUGGGACGAAGCUGCCAAGCAGGCUCUUCACAUUCCGUGCCGAAAAUGGGAUCUCUUGCACUGUCGCUGUAUGCUCCCCAAAAGCUAGAGAGCUUCUUGCACAGGAGCACUAUGCCGAGCUUGUGAAUUUGUGGAAGGACGAAAGUGACCCAAAAUCAAGAUAUUGGCUGGAAGAAUUUGUUGGGGUUUGGCUGACCACAUCAUGGUGUGACAAGCGGCUUGAGCCCUGGAUGAUAACGUAUGCAGGCAAGUGGGAGCACAAGAAGGGCAAAGAUCUGGUAGUGCCUGCUUUGAAAUUGCUGCAUUGUGAUUUCAACGACAUUUUCAACAGCAGAGAAAUGCCUUGUGCACAGCCCAGAACGGUACCCAGGCAUCGACUACCUGCUCGACUUCAACCACGGCAUCUCUGUGACACUCUCUCCGAAGCACAGCAUCGCAGAAGGGUUUGCGAAGAGGUUGCGCGACAUUUUCAAAGAUUGCAAGGGACAACACAGUUUCACCCUCACUUUUUUGGUUCCGGGAGCUCCGAGCAAAUUCGUCCCGAAGAAAAGUGCAGAGUUUAA